AUGAGAAGGGAGGAGGGGAAAGAGGAGGAAAAGGAAGGGGGAAGGGAAAGGGGGAGAGAGGGAAGAAAGGGGGGAGGUGGGAAAGGAAAGGGAAGGGCGGAAGAGGAAGGAAAAAGGAGAAGAGACAAGGGGGGGAGGGAAGGAAGGCGGGAAGAUAGGAGGGAGGAAGCGGAGGAAGGGAGGGAGAAAGAGGGAACGAAGGAGAAGGAGGGGGGAGAAGGGGAGCAAGGAAGGGAGGGGGAAAGAGGGAGGGAGGGAAGAGGGAAAAAGAGGGGGGAAAAAAGGAAAAUACGAAGGGAAUGGAGGGAGGGAGGGGAGAACGGAAGAGAAAGAGGAGGAGGAAAAGGGACGGGAGGAAAAGUGGGGGGAAGGGGGGGAGAGAGGGAAAGGAGAGGGGGAAGGGAAACAGAAAAGAGAGGAAGGAGAAGAGAGAGAAAGGGAGAAAGGAAAGGAAAGGGUAGAGGGGGAGAGGGAGAAAGGGAUGGAAGAAGGGGGAGGGAAGACAGGAGAGAGGGGACGGGAGGGAGGGGAAAGAGAAAGGGGAGGGAGGGGAGAAAACGAAGAAUAUAG